GGGAGCGGCGGCUUCGAUCCCCCGCCAGCCUACCACGAGGUGGUGGACGCGGAGAAGAAUGAUGAAAAUGGAAAUUGCUCAGGGGAAGGAAUUGAAUUCCCCACAACAAAUUUGUAUGAACUGGAAAGCCGUGUUUUGACUGAUCAUUGGUCUAUCCCAUACAAGCGGGAGGAAUCACUAGGCAAAUGUCUCUUGGCUUCUACCUACUUAGCAAGACUCGGUCUUUCAGAGUCCGAUGAGAACUGCAAAAGAUUUAUGGAGCGGUGUAUGCCCGAGGCAUUUAAAAAGCUCCUGACAUCAAGUGCUGUUCACAAGUGGGGUACUGAAAUUCAUGAAGGAAUCUACAACAUGUUGAUGCUACUAAUAGAAUUGGUUGCAGAGAGAAUAAAGCAGGAUCCAAUUCCCAUUGGUCUCCUAGGCGUGCUUACAAUGGCUUUCAAUCCUGAUAAUGAAUACCACUUUAAAAACAGAAUGAAAGUGUCUCAGAGGAACUGGGCAGAGGUGUUUGGAGAGGGAAAUAUGUUUGCUAUUUCACCUGUAUCUACUUUCCAAAAGGAACCUCAUGGAUGGGUUGUGGACUUGGUAAAUAAGUUUGGAGAAUUAGGUGGAUUUGCAGCAAUCCAAGCCAAACUCCAUUCAGAAGAUAUAGAACUUGGGGCCGUCUCAGCGCUGGUACAGCCCUUAGGGGUGUGCGCAGAGUACCUCAACUCCUCCGUGGUACAGCCUAUGCUGGACCCAGUCAUCCUUACCACAAUUCAGGAUGUUCGGAGUGUGGAGGAGAAGGACCUCAAAGACAAGAGAUUGGUUAGCAUCCCUGAGCUCUUAUCUGCCAUUAAGUUACUUUGCAUGCGUUUCCAACCGGAUCUGGUGACGAUUGUGGAUGACCUUCGCCUUGACAUCCUGCUGCGCAUGCUGAAGUCACCACAUUUCAGUGCUAAAAUGAACUCCCUCAAAGAGGUAACCAAACUAAUAGAAGACAGUACCUUAUCCAAGUCUGUGAAGAAUGCUAUAGAUACAGACCGAUUGCUGGACUGGCUAGUUGAAAACUCCGUUCUGUCAAUUGCACUGGAAGGCAACAUAGACCAAGCACAAUACUGUGACCGCAUAAAGGGAAUUAUUGAACUCUUGGGCAGUAAAUUGUCAUUAGAUGAACUCACUAAAAUUUGGAAGAUACAAUCAGGACAGUCAUCUACGGUAAUUGAGAACAUUCACACUAUUAUUGCUGCAGCAGCUGUGAAGUUUAACGCAGAUCAGCUUAAUCACUUGUUUGUUCUCAUUCAGAAGAGCUGGGAGAUCGAGAGUGACAGGGUAAGACAGAAGCUGUUGAGUCUGAUUGGACGAAUCGGCCGGGAAGCUCGAUUUGAGGCCACUUCUGGAAAGGUGUUAGACGUUCUCUGGGAACUGGCUCACCUUCCAACCUUGCCCAGUAGCCUUAUUCAGCAAGCCCUGGAGGAGCACUUGACAAUCCUGAGCGAUGCCUACGCAGUGAAGGAAGCAAUCAAGAGGAGCUACAUCAUCAAGUGCAUAGAAGACAUUAAAAGGCCUGGAGAAUGGUCAGGUUUGGAAAAAAACAAGAAAGAUGGAUUCAAGUCAUCUCAACUUAAUAAUCCGCAGUUUGUGUGGGUGGUCCCCGCUUUGCGUCAGCUUCAUGAAAUCACUCGUUCAUUUAUAAAACAGACCUAUCAAAAGCAAGACAAGAGCAUUAUUCAAGACCUGAAGAAAAAUUUUGAAAUAGUCAAGUUGGUUACAGGAAGUUUACUAGCUUGUCAUCGACUUGCAGCAGCUGUGGCUGGGCCCGGAGGCCUGACUGGCUUGACACUGGUGGACGGCCGCUACACUUACCGGGAGUAUUUAGAGGCACAUCUGAAAUUUCUAGCAUUUUUCUUACAAGAAGCUACACUGUAUCUGGGGUGGAACCGAGCCAAAGAAAUCUGGGAGUGCCUUGUGACUGGCCAGGAUGUCUGCGAGUUAGAUCGAGAGAUGUGCUUUGAGUGGUUUACAAAAGGGCAGCAUGAUCUCGAGAGUGACGUUCAGCAGCAGCUCUUCAAGGAGAAAAUUCUGAAACUGGAGUCCUAUGAGAUCACCAUGAAUGGUUUCAACUUAUUUAAGACUUUUUUUGAAAAUGUGAAUCUCUGUGAUCAUCGAUUGAAAAGACAAGGAGCUCAAUUGUAUGUAGAAAAGCUGGAAUUGAUAGGAAUGGAUUUCAUUUGGAAAAUAGCCAUGGAAUCACCUGAUGAAGAAAUUGCUAAUGAAGCUAUUCAAUUAAUCAUAAACUACAGUUACAUUAAUCUAAAUCCUAGGUUAAAGAAGGACUCAGUGUCUUUACAUAAGAAAUUUAUUGCUGAUUGUUAUACGAGACUAGAAGCAGCCAGUUCAGCACUCGGUGGCCCCACUCUAACACAUGCUGUGACCCGAGCAACAAAAAUGCUCACUGCAACAGCAAUGCCAACUGUAGCAACAUCAGUUCAGUCUCCAUACAGAUCAACAAAACUUGUGAUAAUCGAGAGAUUGCUUCUUCUGGCCGAACGCUAUGUGAUCACAAUAGAGGAUUUUUACUCUGUUCCACGAACUAUUCUACCUCACGGUGCCUCAUUUCAUGGACAUCUUUUAACUCUUAAUGUUACCUAUGAGUCUACCAAAGAUACCUUCACUGUAGAGGCUCACAGUAAUGAAACCAUAGGCAGUGUCCGGUGGAAGAUAGCCAAACAGCUGUGCUCUCCUGUGGACAACAUACAGAUAUUUACGAACGAUAGCCUGCUGACAGUGAAUAAAGAUCAGAAGCUCCUCCACCAGCUGGGAUUUGCUGAUGAACAAGUUCUUACAGUGAAGACUUCUGGCAGUGGGACCCCCUCUGGGAGCUCUGCAGACUCCUCAACCAGCUCCAGCAGCAGCAGCAGCGGGGUUUUUAGUUCAUCAUAUGCCAUGGAACAGGAGAAAUCUCUCCCUGGUGUGGUGAUGGCACUUGUAUGUAAUGUGUUUGACAUGCUAUAUCAGCUUGCCAAUCUAGAGGAGCCAAGGAUAACUCUACGAGUACGGAAGCUUCUGCUCUUGAUACCUACUGAUCCAGCCAUUCAGGAAGCCCUUGAUCAGCUGGAUUCUUUAGGCAGAAAGAAAACCUUGCUCUCGGAAGCAAGCUCCCAGUCUUCAAAGUCUCCGUCCCUUUCGUCGAAGCAGCAGCAGCAGCAGCAGCAGCCCAGCGCCAGCUCCAUCCUAGAGAGUUUGUUCCGCUCUUUUGCUCCCGGCAUGUCAACCUUCAGGGUGCUCUACAACCUGGAAGUUCUAAGCUCCAAACUCAUGCCAACAGCUGACGAUGACAUGGCAAGAAGCUGUGCAAAAUCCUUCUGUGAGAACUUUCUCAAAGCAGGAGGUUUGAGUUUGGUUGUAAAUGUCAUGCAGAGAGACUCCAUCCCAUCAGAAGUAGACUAUGAGACCAGGCAGGGUGUUUAUUCUAUCUGUCUACAACUUGCAAGGUUUCUACUUGUCGGACAGACAAUGCCAACAUCAUUAGAUGAAGACCUCACCAAAGAUGGUAUAGAAGCACUUUCUUCCCGUCCAUUCCGAAAUGUGAGCCGGCAGACAAGCAGACAGAUGUCCCUAUGUGGGACCCCAGAAAAGUCAUCCUACAGACAAUUGUCAGUAUCUGACAGGUCUUCCAUUAGGGUUGAGGAGAUCAUCCCUGCUGCCCGAGUUGCAAUCCAAACUAUGGAAGCCAGUGAUUUCACGGCCACUGUCGCUUGUUUCAUGAGACUGUCAUGGGCUGCAGCUGCAGGGCGGCUUGACCUUGUUGGAAGUAGCCAGCCGAUUAAAGAAAGUAAUUCUCUGUUUCCUGCUGGGAUUAGAAACAGACUCAGCAGUUCAGGAAGCAAUUGCAGCUCCGGCAGUGAAGGAGAGCCAGCAGCCCUGCAUGCUGGCAUCUGUGUCCGGCAGCAGUCUGUGUCCACCAAAGACGCCCUGAUUGCUGGAGAAGCUUUGUCUCUUCUCGUUACGUGCCUGCAGCUUCGGAGUCAGCAACUGGCGUCUUUCUAUAACUUGCCAUGUGUUGCUGAUUUUAUCAUUGACAUUUUGCUUGGAUCACCAAGUGCUGAGAUCCGCCGGGUUGCCUGCGAUCAGCUGUAUACUCUCAGUCAAACAGACACUUCAGCCCAUGCAGAAGUGCAGAAGCCAAAUCAGUUCCUCUUAGGCGUCAUUCUCACAGCUCAGCUGCCUCUCUGGUCCCCAACCAGUAUCAUGAGAGGAGUCAAUCAGAGACUGCUGUCUCAGUGCAUGGAGUAUUUUGAUUUGCGGUGCCAGUUACUAGAUGACCUGACAACUUCAGAAAUGGAGCAGUUACGAAUCAGCCCAGCCACCAUGCUUGAAGAUGAGAUUACAUGGCUGGAUAACUUUGAACCUAACCGAACAGCGGAAUGUGAGACCAGUGAGGCAGACAACAUCUUAUUGGCAGGACACUUGCGGCUCAUCAAGACCCUGCUUUCACUCUGUGGAGCAGAAAAGGAAAUGCUUGGUUCGUCACUCAUUAAACCGUUGUUAGAUGACUUCCUUUUCCGAGCUUCUAGAAUUAUUUUAAAUAGUCAUUCUCCAGCUGGCAGUGCCGCCAUCAGUCAACAGGACUUUCAUCCAAAGUGUAGUACAGUGAACAGCCGCUUGGCGGCCUAUGAGGUUCUUGUGAUGUUAGCCGACAGCUCACCUUCAAAUCUUCAGAUUAUUACAAAAGAACUGCUGUCAAUGCACCAUCAGCCUGACCCUGCUCUCACCAAAGAGUUUGACUACCUUCCCCCCGUGGACAGCAGAUCCAGUUCAGGGUUUGUGGGACUGAGGAACGGUGGUGCCACUUGUUACAUGAACGCAGUCUUCCAGCAACUGUACAUGCAGCCCGGACUCCCUGAGUCACUUCUUUCAGUGGAUGAUGAUACAGACAAUCCAGAUGACAGUGUAUUUUACCAAGUACAGUCCCUCUUUGGACAUUUGAUGGAAAGCAAGCUGCAGUAUUAUGUGCCUGAGAACUUCUGGAAGAUCUUCAAGAUGUGGAACAAGGAGCUCUAUGUGAGGGAGCAGCAGGAUGCAUAUGAGUUCUUCACCAGUCUUAUUGAUCAGAUGGAUGAGUAUCUCAAGAAAAUGGGACGAGAACAAAUUUUUAAGAAUACUUUCCAGGGCAUCUAUUCUGAUCAGAAGAUCUGUAAAGAUUGUCCUCACAGAUAUGAGCGUGAGGAAGCUUUCAUGGCUCUCAAUCUAGGAGUUACUUCUUGCCAAAGCUUGGAAAUCUCUUUGGACCAGUUUGUUAGAGGUGAAGUUUUAGAAGGAAGUAAUGCAUACUACUGUGAGAAGUGUAAAGAAAAGAGAAUAACAGUGAAAAGAACAUGCAUUAAGUCUUUACCUAGUGUGUUGGUAAUUCACCUGAUGAGAUUUGGCUUUGACUGGGAGAGUGGACGAUCCAUUAAAUACGAUGAACAAAUACGGUUUCCCUGGAUGCUCAAUAUGGAGCCUUACACAGUCUCGGGAAUGGCCCGCCAGGACUCAUCUUCCGAAGUUGGUGAAAAUGGGAGAAAUAUGGAUCAAGGAGGUGGAGGAUCCCCACGGAAAAAAGUUGCCCUCACAGAAAACUACGAGCUUGUUGGUGUCAUUGUACACAGUGGGCAGGCACAUGCAGGCCAUUACUAUUCCUUCAUCAAGGACAGGCGGGGGUGUGGAAAAGGAAAGUGGUAUAAAUUUAAUGACACCGUUAUAGAAGAAUUUGACCUAAAUGAUGAGACCCUGGAGUAUGAAUGCUUUGGAGGAGAAUAUAGACCGAAAGUUUAUGAUCAAACAAACCCAUACACUGAUGUACGUCGAAGAUACUGGAAUGCCUACAUGCUCUUCUACCAAAGGGUGUCUGAUCAAAACUCCCCUGUAUUGCCAAAGAAAAGUCGAGUCAGCGUUGUAAGACAAGAGGCUGAGGAUCUCUCUCUGUCAGCUCCAUCUUCACCUGAGAUUUCGCCUCAAUCCUCUCCUCGGCCCCAUAGGCCUAAUAAUGACAGGCUUUCUAUUCUAACGAAGCUGGUUAAAAAAGGUGAGAAGAAAGGACUGUUUGUGGAGAAAAUGCCUGCUCGGAUAUACCAGAUGGUGAGAGAUGAAAACCUCAAGUUUAUGAAGAAUAGAGACGUGUACAGUAGUGACUAUUUCAGUUUUGUUUUGUCUUUAGCAUCAUUGAAUGCCACUAAACUAAAGCACCCAUAUUAUCCUUGCAUGGCAAAGGUGAGUUUGCAGCUUGCCAUUCAGUUCCUUUUCCAAACUUACCUACGAACAAAGAAAAAACUCAGGGUUGAUACUGAAGAAUGGAUUGCUACUAUUGAAGCGUUACUUUCAAAGAGUUUGGAUGCUUGUCAGUGGCUUGUUGAGUAUUUUAUUAGCUCUGAAGGACGGGAAUUGGUAAAGGUUUUCUUGUUGGAGUGCAGUGUGAGAGAAGUACGUGUUGCUGUGGCCACCAUUCUGGAGAAGACCUUAGACAGUGCCUUGUUUUAUCAGGAUAAGUUAAAAAGCCUUCAUCAGUUAUUGGAAGUCCUGCUUGCUCUUUUGGAUAAAGAUGUCCCAGAAAAUUGUAAAAAUUGUGCUCAGUACUUUUCCCUGUUCAACACUUUUGUACAAAAGCAAGGUAUUAGGGCUGGAGAUCUUCUUCUGCGGCACUCAGCACUGCGACACAUGAUCAGCUUUCUCCUUGGAGUCAAUCGACAGAACAGUCAGAUACGCCGGUGGAGUUCAGCACAAGCACGGGAAUUUGGGAAUCUCCACAACACUGUCGCAUUGCUGGUCUUGCACACAGAUGUCUCUUCCCAGAGGAAUGUUGCUCCUGGCAUAUUUAAACAACGGCCACCUAUUAGUGUUGCUCCCUCAAGCCCUCUGCUGCCCCUCCACGAGGAAGUAGAAGCCUUAUUGUUCUUGUCUGAAGGCAAACCUUACCUGUUAGAGGUCAUGUUUGCUCUGCGGGAGCUGACCGGCUCCCUGCUGGCACUCAUGGAGAUGGUGGUCUACUGCUGUUUCUGUAAUGAGCACUUUUCCUUCACGAUGCUGCACUUCAUUAAGAACCAGCUGGAAACCGCUCCACCCCAUGAGUUAAAGAAUACAUUCCAGCUACUGCAUGAGAUAUUGGUCAUUGAAGAUCCCAUACAAGUAGAGCGAGUCAAAUUUGUGUUUGAGACAGAAAAUGGAUUACUAGCAUUGAUGCACCACAGUAACCAUGUGGACAGCAGUCGUUGCUACCAGUGUGUCAAAUUUCUUGUCACUCUUGCUCAAAAGUGUCCUGCUGCUAAAGAAUACUUCAAGGAGAAUUCUCAUCACUGGAGUUGGGCUGUACAGUGGUUACAGAAGAAGAUGUCAGAACAUUAUUGGACUCCGCAGAGCAAUGUCUCUAACGAAACCUCAACUGGAAAAACCUUUCAGCGAACCAUCUCAGCUCAGGACACAUUAGCAUAUGCCACAGCUUUGCUGAAUGAAAAGGAGCAAUCAGGAAGCAGCAACGGGUCGGAGAGCAGCCCUGCCAAUGAGAAUGGGGAGAGACACUUACAGCAGGGUUCAGAAUCUCCCAUGAUGAUUGGCGAAUUAAGAAGUGACCUUGAUGAUGUUGACCCUUAGAGCAGUGUGCCCAAAUGGGAUGCUCAGCACCUUUUGGAAACCAGAAUCGCAGCCUUGAAGCCCUUACCAGAGCCUGGAGUCUGAGCCAGGAGUGUAAUGGAGGACCAUGUGUUCCCAAGGGAAGCCUUCUCUGGCCACUAGAAGGUGGGAGCUGCUUAGCAGCGAGCGGGAGAAUCCUGGCACGUGGACCAGCUGUCCCAGGUGAACAUGUGCACUGACACAUCAUUUUAGGAAGUAAAGCUGGUGGCAACUUGGGACACCUGAACCUAGGAGAGUGAGGAUGGAGGAGCAAAGCUAUGGCUUUCUCUGUGACGUAUGGGCUGGGCAGGGGGGGGAUCUUUUGGUUUUUAUAUUUCUAGGUAUGUGAGGGAAAUUUUUAAUCUGCAGUAACGUUGAAUAGGAAUAUCCUGUUUAGAACGAUGUAAAGAUAUGUGGUAAAAUUCCUUUCAUUGUAAAAUAGUAAUUGAAUCCAGUUUACAUAGACCUUUGUAUUUAAUAUGUCUCCCGCUUUGUACAGAAUCUCUCGUUUUGUCUGGUUAAGAGCCCUCGGCAUAAUCUUAGAUCUUGAUGACAUGUUACUAGUAUCAGAAAUUGUGGCAUUAUUAAGCUCUUUAAGGUAUUUUCUGAUUCAAGAUUGAAAAGAGCAAUAAUAAAUUUAAAACAAAAUAAAAAAAGCUAUGUUCUCUAGAAGUAUAGGGUGCAUUCUGAGAUCAAUCACUGAAAAGUGAUGAGUUGUUCCCAAAAUAAAAUUUUAAAACAACAAAAUUAAAAGCACUUUAUAAUUUUAUUGAGUUUGACUUCAUAAAAUUAUCUUUUUAAUGCUCGGAGACAUAUUGAAUAAACUAGUCUUAAGUCAUGUGAUCUGCAAUCAUUUGUUUUUACUUAAACAUAAUUUCUGUGGCCCUUGUAUUGAUUGUAUAUUGAGUUAAAUACCUAGGCUGGGAGCUGCUGCUUUGUGAGAUGAAUCAUACUUUUACUACAGAAAAAGAACUCAAGACUUUGUUUCUCCUUGACGAGAUACUGAAAAGGCAAGAUUUAAACCUUACUUUCUCUGAAAUAACUAGAAAAUAGUUAGACACCACCCAUUUAGUUGUAUUUGCCAACAUGGCCUCGGUCUCUGGUCUCAGGCUGGGGUUGCCCCGCCGUUCCCUGUGGUCUUGUCAUUUUGUAUUUUGAACUGCUCGGUUUCCGCCGCCUUGUUCACCUUGAGUUACGUUUCUGCCUUAUUCCCACGUGCCGGGCACAGAACUAAAGGAGCCUCGGGAGUGCCAGGCUGCCACUGUCAGCCAGAUCUGCCCAGUCAGAGAGGCACGGCCAGCCCCAAGUGCCUUUUUGAUGCUUUUGCGUUGUGGGGAUGAGUGGCAGGCAGGUGGCAUCCCCUGCUGUGGGCUUCAGGGCCUUCAUGCCACUGUUGAGCUGUGGAUGUCCUGUGCAGCCGGCUUCACUUGUAGCUCCUGUCGCCUACCACAGGCCAGUGUCAGACUCACAGAGAUGGAAGGGCCAGCAUGUAAGAGCAGAGCUGUGCCCUUAGGGAAACAGAGGCAAGUGGCAGGUCUGGUCUGGUUCUGGUGUUCUUACAGUUUUUGAAUGUGAGGGUCUAAAGUUGAUUUUGAAUAUCUGAACGCCCGUAUCCCAUGGUUUCCCUUCCCGACUCCCCAUCUCUUCACACCCAUGCUUGCAGAAAGAUUGUGUGGGACAUGCAUUGAAAUGCUGACGAUGAUACUUAGUGGGAUAUCAUUGCCGGCAACUGCACUCAGGAGCCCGGAUUCAGGAGUGACAUUGCCACUUCUAGUCAGUCCCCUUAUUUCCUAUGGAAACGACGCCUUCCGCCCCUGCACCCGCUGUCCUCACAGAAAGCUGCAUCAGGAUCGCCAGCGCUGUCCGCUUUGGUCCAUCAUCUUCCUUGUUGCUACAUUGAGCAUCUUCACCACGUUACCAGUAACCACUUGAUUUCCAACAGCUGCAGUCCACUAACCUACUGAGGACCUUUUUAAAUGUAGUACCACAAAGUGACACUAGGCAGGCUUGCCUUGGAAGAGUUGUCAUUUUUACUGCCAAUUUUUGGAUGAAGAUGUUUUUAUAAUCUUUUACAAUGGUCUGCAAUCAAGCAGGAAUUGCACAAUUGACUCAACGCUGUGUGUUCUCAAGAAGCUCUUGCAGUCCAGUCUGACCUCAGGACUGCUCUCCUGCUCCUAAGGCAUCCUGGGACAGACAGAUGAGCCUCCCACAGGCAGCUUGCCUGCAGCUCCCCGGGUGAACUCUCGUGGUCGCCAACAGCUCGUGGCUGUAAAACCCAGAGCUUGAGCUACCAAACUCACCUGGCUUGCCCCACCCUCCCUGCUAACACCGAGGCGUGUGCAGCAUCUUUUGAGCUUGGAACAAGCAGACUGGAAUUUUCCUCUGCUACCUCUUGUGUACAAAAUCUUGUUUAUAAAAUUGCAAAAGGAAGUAGAUAAACUAGGAAAGACUCUGGAUUCUAAAUUUGGUUCCUGUGUGGUGGAGUUCUUAGCUUCUAAGAGUAGGAAAUAAAUUUUUCAAAAAUGUA